AUGAUGAUGUCGGGAGAAGCGAGUCUUGAUGGUGAACGGGAGAGAACAGAGAGAACAGCAGCUAAAGAGAGAGAAACGCAAAGUGAGAAGAGAGAUGAGCAGGGACGGGUGCCUGACGAACGAGCUCGUCGCCACCAAGUCUCGCGUCGUGAUGGUGCUGCGGACGAUGGCCGCGCCGAUUGCACGCAGAAUAUGGUCUCUGAUUUCUGGUCCAACGGCAAACCACCCGGAGCCACCGCCGUGGUCUGUUACAAGCACGGCUACCGCUACAAGGUCUCCGACUUUUCGGUAUUGCAUUACAGGUUCUUUGCCAGCCGAACCUGUCACUCGUACGCCGACUUUUUCGGUCCCAACAACAUCCCGUAUGACUGCUUCUAUCUUAUCGGAGCGAACACUUUUGAGCCUCGUGACGAUGCUGGAUAUGACAAUCUGGCGAUUAUGAAGGAUGACAGCAAGUGCACUUGGGCAGACAGAAAAUUGACCUGUUUGGCUUGA